GAGUGCAUGGGGGGGAGGCACAAUGGAGUGGGAGGAGGAGUGUGUAAAGGAGAGGGCUGGAUUUGCAAAGUGCAGGCACAAGAGGGAGAGAAGUGAAUGAUUCACUCUGUCACAGGCUGCUGGCUGCACCUAUUCCUCUGUUCUGCCUGAAAACUCACCAGCUGUUGGCCAUUGGACACAGGUAACCACCACUCAGAACCUGAGGAUGCCACUCACAGCUUUUCCUUAGCCAACUAUACCCCUGGCACAGGUAUUAUUUCUGUUCCUGGCACCUUAUUCACUCAUCACGGCACAGGCACCCACUAACCACCUGAGAACCGUCACCAUCUCACCCCCCCGGCACAGAUUUCAGCUAAUCAUCAUCAUCAUCAUUUAUUUAUAUAGCACCGACAAGAUACGCAGGGCUUUAAUCCUGUGGAUCAGAUUCUCAUUCCCUCUCUCACUCACUGAGACCAGUACCGGCUCUGGCUGUGGAACUGUACAGAGAAGCUAACGACGUGUGGGAAACACCGACUUAGGAACUGACUGGGCACAAGGGAGACUUUGGUCCUGGAGAGCAGCGGGUCAGAGAUCAGUCUGCUAAAUACAGCCCCUGCCAAGGCUUCAAUAUGGCACUUUGGUGAGGAGGUAGAGGAAGGGAGUGUGGCUUGUCACAGCACAGUCGGUUAGACUUAAAUUUAAACGUUUACAAAACCAAUAGAAAACAGAGAAGAAGAAGAAGAAGCAGAAGAAGAAGAAGAAGAGAGAAAGUAGAGAGGGGAGGUGAGAUAGAGAGGGCCUACUGCAGUAACUCAUGGUUGUAGGAAACCCAGGAUUCCUCCUGGGCCAAUCAGAGCUUCCAGUCCCCAGGGAUCCAGUCAACCAGAAAACAAAACCUAUGUCCCCUGAGCGAAAGAGUGAGGAGGAUUGUCGGUGUGAGCUCCCGGCAGAGGAAGUGGAACGAGAUUCUGUAUCCUCCGAGGGUGGACGUGUGACUGACAGUACCGAUGAGGAGGAGUCCAGCAGCACAGAGAGUGCACCAGCCCAGCAGGGGAAGACCAUUGGGAAUGCAGUUCAGAGGUGCCUGGAGACUGAGCAGCUGAAGGUCAUGAACCAUAUUUCAAAGCUGGAACAGAACCUGCGGGAGUUGCAGCUGCAGAGAAGGGAGCUGAACAUAGAGGUGGAGAUGGAAGUGGCCCUGCUGGAAGGGGAGCUCAGGACAGAAAGGAAGGAAAUGGAAAAAGAGGAGGAGUUAAUAAAAUCAUUGCACAAGAAGCUGAGAGAGACGGAGGGGAAGUGGCAGGAGGAGAAAGACAAGGAUAAGCUCAAACUUAGGGAGGAGAAGAAGAAAAUCAAGGAUCUGGAGCAGAAGAUCAGUGAGGGCAAGUCCCAGCUUGAGAAGCAACCGGAGAGCUUGCGGGAGCAGCAAAGAAAGAAUAUACAGGAGGCUUUUACUGUGCCAGCCUUUUUCUACCAGAUGACGGAAACGAUGGAGGCUGCCGUGAAGUCCUUUGAAGACCUGGAGUUCCAGCAAUUGGAGAGUGAGAGCAGCAGGGACGAGGAGAGGGAAUCAUCCUACAGACAGAUCUCCCAGGAAAUAUCCAAACAUCAGAAUGAGCUCAACAGAAGGAAGGACAAGGUGCUGUGUCUGGAGGAGCAGAUAAGAGGAGCCGAGGAUCAAGCACAAGUGGAGAGGCAACAGCUCAGCGAGGAAAAUACUCGAGCCUUCCAGUCUCUCAAUCAGGAGAAGGACAGACUUCAGUCACUAAAUGCUCUCUCUGGGAAGGACCAGGGACAGAAUGAGAAGCCAAAAAGCUCCACUAGAAAAGUCCUUCAAAGAACCAACAGCUUACCCAAAAGAAGAGCGAGUGCUCCAUUUGUCCGUCCUACAGACCGUCCACUUUCUCUCCAUGGCACCACCUGCUUGGAAAGCGCAGGGCUUGCAUUGCACUUGGCCGUGUCCUCUCACAAUACAGGUGGCCAGAUUGCACUAGCCAUCAGCCCAAAUAUGCAGAUAACCCAAACUCGGCUCCCGCAGGGCGACGACAGAAAAGGAUCCAACUGGGAGAAAAUUCCAGGUGACAUCUCCACACUGCAGCUGAGCUAUGGACCGUUGCCCAAAAUAGCAGAAAUAGAACGGCAGCUGCGAGAGGCCUUGGCAGAGAAAGAGCGACUACUGAAGGCUCGGGAGGAGAAGAGAGCUGCUAAAGAGAUGACCCGGCGCUUAGAAUCAAGUCAGAACCAGGUGAAGACUGAAGAACCAGCGCCAGUCCCAGAGAAACCAGUCCUGCCAGAGACCAAAGCAGAACCUGAGAAGGUCCUUUCGGUCCUGCACUCGCCUCCGACCUUAGACCUGCGAUCACACUUGGAGGCAUCGGGCCACAGUGUAGAAACCUGCCCCCACGUCAGGGUCAAUACCACUUGCUGUAAAGGUUAUCUGGUGAAGAUGGGCGGCCGGAUAAAGACAUGGCGGAAACGAUGGUUUGUGUUUGACAGACAAAAGAGAAGACUGGCGUAUUACUCAGAUAAAGAUGAACAGAAGCUGAAGGGUGUGAUAUAUUUCCAGGCUAUUGAAGAAGUGUAUUACGAUCACCUCCGGAGUGCGUUUAAGAGUCCGCAUCCAAAGCUGACGUUCUGCUUGAAAACCUUUGAACGCCUUUUCUGCAUGGUAGCACCUACGCCAGAGGCUAUGAGGAUCUGGAUGGACGUCAUGGUCACUGCUGCCGAGGAAAACUCUCGAUACUAAGAGCAAGUGGUCUAAGGACCUGAGCCAAGGGACUCACGGGGGUUUAAGAGAAGACAAGAUACUGACAGGAUGAGAAAGGGGAACUGGUGGGAAAUCACAAAAAAAGGAACAUGUGAAAGAAAUGUGGUUUCAGGAAGAGACGGCUUUGCAGAAGUGAAGUGCUGGCUGGAUAUUACAUAAACCACAUAUUGACUGAGCUGGUAUUAAAGAAGAGACAACAUUGAUAUUGCGAUACAUUCUCAUACUGUCCCAUGAACUGACAUUUGCUCUGCAGAGAGUUGAACUAAAUAGUCAUGUAAAUAGACAAAAUAAUGAUGACAUGAUGAUGAAUUGUGCCUUGUGAAUAAUUUAAAUAUGUUGGAAAUAACAUGAUCUGUGGGUUUUUUUAAUGUGUUGGGAAAACAAAGACCGGCAACUGCCACAUGGAAGACUGCAAAGCUGUUAACAUUUUUAGUUACUGAAACUCUCAGGAAAUUACGGAUGGCAUUGCCAUUGAAUGACCUGAUGGUGUAAAAUGCUCAUAAAUAAUCAAGAAAUGUAGAAUGAACACUAUAAUGUGCAUAUGGAGGUUGACCCUGGGGAACCUUGGAACUUCCACCACUCUGGAAAUACUCUGCUAAACCACAAGACCCAAUCAGGCCCGGACUGGCUAUCUAUGGGUUCUGGCAAAUGCCAGAGGGGCUGCUAUAAGGUCCCAUUGAAAGUCAAUAUUUAGUGGGCUGGUUGGGGCUGUUUGGGCCUCUAUGUGGGCUGAAUGGGCCUCUGUGACAUUCCAGGGCCUAUUUUAAUUCUCAGUCCGGACCUGGACCCAAUGUGCCUUGGACGGCUGAGUGUGAAACUCAUGUGCAGCAAUAUGCCAAAGACAUGUUUGAACUGGAGGACCAUAGACCAUCUGUUUGUAUUCUUUAAUGUUUCAGUGCAGAAGAAAGAUGACAUAAUUAAAGUUAUCGGCCAAGGAACCUUUGUCUGUUAUCGGAGACAAAGAGAAUUACAUUUUGAGGUCUUUUAAUAAUGUAUUAUAAAUCACACAUCGAUGCUACAAUACCUACUUCAUGCUCUCAACUGAUUCUAUUGCCCUUGAUUUACUGCUUACACCAAAACUAUUUAAUUUUGUAAUUAAGUUAUGGGAUGUAGCAGUUCUGAUCCUGGUUAUCAGAUUAAUGUUUCAUUUGUUUGUUGAACGUGUCUGUUUUCCAAGCUCAGAUUACUAAAACUGGGGUUCCUGUAGCCGUGAACCACAUCCAAAUGCACCUAUGUGGACUGGCAGCCUACAGGAGACUCUGUUUGGCAGUAUACUUUGUUUUUAUGCAGCUAAAACUUGCCUUUAAGCCAAGAAUUCAAAUACAGACACCUGCUUUGAGGCCACUGGGAGCAACACCUAAGGGAUUGGUGAGCAACAUGUUGCUUGUGAGCCACUGUUCUUGGGGAACACUGUUCUAAAGCUUGGAAACUUGAACAAGAAUCCUGAAAGGCUGACUAUUCUUAAGGUGGUGCAAAUGUGUUCAAACCUGUCCUCUUGGAUGAGACAGUUGUUCAUCUAUAAAUAUUUUUGAAGCGGCAUCCAGUAUUGGACAUUGGAAACAAGGUUAACUUACCAAAAGUGAUGGGGUGUCCAGGUGCUCAAGCCCCAGACCUUCAGCUUGGGAAGUCAAUCAAUAUACUUAUAUGUAGUAGUAGGCCGGCACAAACUGGACUUCACUCCAUUACUCGAUGUAGUUAAAAAAGUAGUUUAUUCAGCAGAACAACAUAUAAAUAAAAAGCCUUACUCGUUUCGUGCCUUGUGGGCACUUAGUCAUAAUUGCUCAUCGAUUUGUGAUAAUUGGUUAAUUUGGAGCAAUUAUGUUCUACUCAUUAUCCAAAAGGCCUGAUGUGACAACCAGUAGAUGGGUGGAAUUAUUUGGAGGGAGAAAACGGAACUAACUUUGUCUCAUAUUUUAUCGCCAGUGUGUGUGUGUUACAAAGUGUAAAGUUUGUUCCAGAACCUUUGUGCCACUGCACUUCUGUACAGUUCCUAGAUUUGUGUAUAUAAAUGCUUACUCUGUACUGGAACAAGCUUUGGAAUUGUCUGCUAUGAACACAGCAUAGUAUUCUAUUUAUUAUAUAUAAAUAAACAUGUAUGGUAUAUUUUUGGGAAGGUCAAGCUAUUGUGUUGCUAAUAAAUGUGUUAUUGUAUCUAGCAACAUUAAAAACUGAAAACCA